UCAAUGCCUCCGAUUUGCAAUCAGUUGAUUCGGUGCUAUUCGCCACUCUGCUUUGUAGACGGUGAAACUCCAAGAACAUCAUCAACUCAUCAUCACCAACCACAGCAGAAGAAGCUCUUAAGCCACAAGUAACGAAUGUUUAGUUUUGUUUGUAAUCAUUGAAGGACGCAUUUGAGAUUUUUUUUUGCGUUUGGAAUUCGAAGUGAAAGUGCUAAUAAAUCGAGAAGUUCCCAUUGAUAUGUUACUGUUUGUUGUGUUCGGCAGCAGGUUCAUUUCACUACGAAGGCAAUGACCCACAUUAGGGUGCCUUCAAGCACAACAAAGCGAAACUGCGGGAAGUAGGACUUAUCAAUACGUCACAAAAGCAAGAAAUAUUUUAUCGAUAUUGAGUCAGACGUGACAACGAAGUGAAAAAACCGAUGGGACAUGAGUGAUGCUGCCCUGUCUGGAUUGUCGAUUAGCUGGGCUGGAAAACGUCAGCCUUUAAGGCUGAGAAAAAACAACAUAAAUUUGCAUCACGUAUUUCAAACAUUAGGUGCUCGCUGACAAUGGGUACCGUGGCAGAGGAAUUAAUCGCACUUACUAAUGACACCGUGAUGAACUCAACUAUCUUCAGCUACAUAGGUCAAUACGUAGAUCUGGAUUACUCGAUAUGGCUCUACCGGUUACUGACCCCUUUGAUGUUGACCUUUGUGUUGCCCACAUUAUUUGUAUUGCUGAUAUACUUAUCAAUUUCGUUUCUCUACGUUUACAAACUACACAGUCGUUUUAUCUUACAAGUGUACAAUGACGGUGAUUUCGAUUUUUGGGACGUAGCACGCACUUUAGUCGCAGUUGUAUGGGAUGCCCAUGGUUGGAUUUUUCAUGGCUACGAAGUGUGUGGUUUAGACAAUUUGCCGGAAACUGGACCUGCGUUGAUCAUAUACUACCAUGGUGCUAUUCCUAUCGAUAUGUACUAUCUUGUGGCCCGUGUGUAUUUGAAGAAAUCCCGUUUGGUCUAUACCGUUGGCGAUCGAUUCCUAGAAAUGUUACCCGGUUGGUCGUGUCUGGCUCGGGUAAUGAAAGUAAGCCCUGGCACGGUACAAUCCUGCUCUAACGUGUUGAAGGAAGGCAAUAUGUUAUCAAUUGCACCGGGUGGAGUUUAUGAAGCUCAGUUCGGUGAUAGCAACUAUGAGUUGCUGUGGAGACGGCGGGUCGGAUUCGCCAAAGUGGCCAUUGAAUCCAAAGCACCUAUUAUUCCAAUGUUCACCGAAAACCUGCGGGAAGGGUUCCGUUCGAUUGGCUUUGCCAAGCGAUUAUUUAUUCGAUUGUACAAUGCCGUAAGGUUUCCGGUGAGACCGGUAUAUGGAGGGUUUCCGGUUAAAUUUAGGACCCAUUUGGGAAAACCGAUCGAGUACGAUCCAUCGUUAACGCCGGAGCAACUGCAGGAAAAAGUGGCGUUUGCUAUCGAGGAACUGAUCAAUAAGAACCAACGAAUACCUGGCAGUAUUCUGCACGGGUUGAUAGAUAGAUUUGUGGCGAAAAAGAAGAAUGAAUGAAAUGACUGUUUUGUACAGGGACUGAUGUAAAGCGAACAACCUUAUCCGUACUACUGUAUCCGUACUUAUGCAUGUGGCUUGCAAAUAUAGUUAUACUGGUCAAAGUGUU